AUGGCAAUGGCAGUCGACAACCGUCAACAACCCCAGCUUAGCAGCAUGGGUUACGAACACAUGCGCUACCCCCAACAACAACCACACUUCACCAACCCGUGGGUGUCCACCGGUGCCUCGCAGCAGCAACUGUACCAAACCACCGUCGCACCCAAUGUCGACGCGCAGCGGCCUACCAGCAUUGCCAUCCCGUACCACGGUCUGCCAGUCACAGCUCCCCCCAUGGGGCAAGAUAUUAUGUCGCGGUACCCAACUGGUUAUGCGACAUCCGGGUCACCACCAAACCAAACAUAUGCUCCCACUUCAGCGCCCUACUCUCAGGUGGAAUAUGGCAACACAGAACGGAGCCCAUACGCAUACCAACAGGAUGCUUCUCGUCGCUCUUCACAUCCGUCAGUCCCCUCAAUAGCGUUCUACGAGUCCGUAGAAAGUGCGGCCCAACGACAACGCCAAAGUUCACUUGUUGACUUUAGCAGAAUGAACACACAGCAACCGCGCAAUAGCUUUAGCGAUGCGCUUGAUGCGAGCCGUGGCAUGGUUUCCUUGAGCCAGUCAGACAUUACUCCGAGGAAUAUCUAUGGCUCUCAAGGAACCAGCCGCAGCUCGACAGACUCAUACGGCUUCCCUUCGGCGCAUUCGACACACUCGUCCAUCUCGUCAGGCAGCUAUGGUCCGAAUGGAUACUACGGCGGCGAGGGCUCUGUAACAGACUACAGCUCGGCCUCGGAGUCUGUCGACCUGAGCAACUCGCGCACUCUGCCCCGCCCCAAUGCGCUUUUGGGAGCAAACAUGCCUCCAGCGCCCGCCUCGAUGAUGAGCCAGUUCAGCUCAAAGGUGUCCUCCAGCUCGCAAAAGAAGCACAAGUGCAAGAUUUGCGACAAGCGCUUCACACGACCGAGUUCGCUACAAACGCACAUGUACAGCCACACAGGCGAGAAGCCCUUUGCAUGUGAAGUUGAUGGCUGCGGUCGCCACUUCUCAGUUGUCUCCAACCUGAGGAGACACCGGAAGGUCCACAAGAACGACGGCAGUAUCGACCAUCCCUCACCAGAGAGUGUCGAUCAUUAG